AGAAGGAAGGAGGGAAAAGGGCCAAAAAGGAAGAGAAUGGGAACGAGAGAGAGGGAGAGGGAGAGGGAGAGAGAGGGAGAUCUGGAGCUGCUAAUCCCUGUAGCAUCAAUCUGUGAAGAUGAAGCCUCCGAAUCCUCCACCCCUCCCGCUAUUCCCACCGCCUCCCACGGCCGGGAGGCCUUUUUAAAAGUCAUCCGCAGCUGGGUUUGGAAAAAGUUUAUGACAGGAUGUGUCAUACUUUUUCCACUAGGCAUUACAUUCUAUGUUUCUUGGGGUUUAAUUCACCUCGUUGAUGGUUUCUUCUCCCCAGUAUUCGAUCAUCUAGGAAUCAAUAUUUUUGGUCUGGGAUUUGCUACAUCCAUCGCAUUCAUCGUUUUAGUAGGCAUUUUCAUGUCGUCAUGGUUAGGAGCUUCAGUUCUUACUCUCAGCGAAUUGUUCAUUAAGAAGAUGCCUCUCGUGAGUUAUAUUUACAGUGCCUCAAAGCAAAUAAGUACGGCGAUUUCACCAGAUCAGAAUUCUAAUGCUUUCAAAGAAGUGGCGAUCAUUCGGCAUCCUGGUAAGGGGCAAUACAUGUUCGGUUUCAUUACUUCUACAGUUGUUCUUCAGAAGGGUGUAUGUGCAGAAGAACUCUGCUGUGUUUAUGUCCCUACAAACCAUCUGUAUCUCGGUGAUAUCUUUCUCAUUAGUUCAAGGGAUAUUUUGAGGCCUAAUUUAUCCGUUCGAGAAGGGAUCGAAAUUGUGAUCUCCGGGGGUAUGUCUGUGCCUAAACUAUUCACCACAGUUGAUGCGUCAGGCAUUUCAACAAGAACAAUCAACUUUGAAGGAUCGAUAAGAGAAUGGAAGAAUAAUAAUUAAAGCUCAAUUCCUGUCCGUUAUUUUAUACAUGCUGGAUGAACCCUAGACAGUUCAUUUAAGAAAUCAAUCUUUUGAGAACGAAAGGAAAGGAAUUCUGAUCUCUUGCAGGCAACGGAAAUCCGAAGCGAUUACGAAACCAUAUACC